GGUUUUGCGCACACCCGCCUCAUGACGACGAACUCUGAUUCCGGCCACUGUAUUCCGGCAAAAACCUCAGUUUCUCGGGAUGGAUUUGAAAAAGAGAGCGACUUAACGAAGCAAGUGAAAUCUGAGAUAGAUCCACAAGCUUCUUCCUCGCAAACCGAUGCGAUAACUAUGGAAGAUGGAGCCGUCUCUGUACCUGCAACUGUUUCCACAGUUCUUGAAGACAAUAGGGAUCUGCAACAGAUAAAAGAAUCAUCUUUCUUUAAAGAAAGUGAGCAAUUUGGAGAUGAUGAUGUGCACAAGAUCGAGGAAGUUGUUGAUGAUACUGAUGGAGCCCUGCAGGAACAAGAAUCUGAGGUUCAGAGACUUUUGGAAGCAGAGAAGAGAAGAUUGUUGGCUGAAAUCGAACUUGGGUCAAUCUUUAGGAAGAGGGUUGAUGUGGAUACGUUGCCUAAGAUCGAAGAGACCAUGGAUAGUGAUGUUGAUAAGAGAUCUGUGAAGAUUGAUGAUACUGCGUUGGUUGAUGUUGUUCAUCAGCCUAAGAGACCAGGAAGUGCACAUAAUGAUAAGGAUGCACCAAGAAAGCAUAAGAAACUUGGAGAGAAGAAACCAAUUGAUAAGAGAAAUACUUUUGAAGUUGUUGAAGGGAGUGGAUCAGCCAAAGUUUGUGAUUUUCAUAAUGGUGGAGGAGAAAACAAUGGGAAUCAGUUUAGGAGAGUGUACACUAGGAAACAAUUGGAGUCAAUGAGGUUUGCCCACACUGUGAAUCAGAAGAAACUGUGGAGUGAAAUGUAUGCUAGGAUUUUACCUGAGGUGGUGACUGAGUAUGAAAGUUUAGUUUAUGUGAAGAAUUACAAGAGUUCAAAGUCUAAUCGGGUUCGUGGGCAAACGGAGAGUUGCAUUGGAGAAAAUUUGGGCACUGAUGAAGGAGCAGAGGACGUAACUCCUGAAGACUACACUGACGAUAAUGAUGAUUAUAAUAGCAUUUUGAGACCUGCGUUUGAGGUAGAUGGAGAACCUGAUUUUAGUACUGGACCACCAGAAGAUGGGCUCGAAUAUUUAAGACGAGUCAGGUGGGAGGCUAAGGGAAUUCCGAAUGUUAGAGUAGCCAAGAUAGAUGAAAGCAAGUACAUAAAGAAAGAGCAAAGUGUUUAUAUGCCACUAAUUCCUGAAAUCCCCAAAUGCCCAGAGUACCUCUUACCCAUGAAGGAAUGGGAGGACUCGUUGCUUUCCGACUUCAUUCACCUUCGCCAGACUCUAUCGCAAAGUGCUAACAGCUGUGAGGAUGAGAUAGUAUCAAGUCAGUGUGUAGAAGAUUUACUUGUGGAGAUAUUCAAUAAGCAUCUCCACACCGAGAAGGAUGAGUCAUUUGGUGGAGUGGUAUCAGACAUACAAGGAAUGGACUCGGUGACGCGGGUGUCGAAGCUGAAAAAGCGUAUAUGUUUGGUUGAGAAGGAGAAUGGUUUACAGAGUAGCGAUUGCAAAUGGGUAGUAGCGUUGUGUGCAUCAUUGGAGACUCCUUUGGAUGCCGAUACGUGUGCUUGUCUCAGGGGUCUUCUGAGGAAGUGUGCAAGUGUUCGUGCAGAGAAAUCAUUAGAGGUUGGAGAUGAAGAAGUUAUCACCAUGGCAAAUAUGCUCAUCACCAUCGCCGGCAGAUACUUUGGCCAAAUGGGACAGUAAUAAGUGACGAAGAGAGUCGACAGGUCAUGCUCUUACUUUUCUCUCAGAUGUGCUUUUGAGUAUUAACAUGAGCUUUAAUGCCAUUUUUUUCUGUAAUGUCCCCUUUGUUCUGUGAUGUUGGGAAUCAUCCUAUUUGUGUGAAGUAAGCUCUCUCUUUUUUUUGGGAUCUUGUUGAAGAGUGAAGGUUCUUGACGUCUUCACAACUACCGUGGAUUGGUCUGAUAGUCUUCCUGUCAUACCGAGUUCUAUCAUUGUCAUUGUUGAAGAAAAUUACAAGAACUAC